UGGUUGGUGGGGGAAUGAAAUAAAAGGUGAUAUUUCUAAUCGAACUGGAAGCCAUUUACCCAACGCGAUUGUGUUUAAUAGCGUAUGUUCAGGCAGCUUUAAGUGAUAGUUAACGUAGUUAAUAAAAGCCAAUACAGAUUCUCAUAAGUGGUAUUUUUUGUGAACUGUGCAUUUAAUUAAAUUCCACUCAAAAUGGUGUCAGCAGGAAUGACCUGUAUUAAAUAUUUACUAUUCUGCUUCAACCUGUUGUUUGCGGUGUCGGGAAUAGCAAUCCUGACUGUAGGUGCAGUCAUACACGCUCUGUACUACCAUUACUCACAAUUUGUCGAUCCGAGUCUCGGAUCCGCACCCAUACUACUAAUAAUCGUCGGAGUUAUUGUAUUCGUCGUUGCCUUCUUCGGAUGUUGCGGCGCGGUCAAGGAAAAUCACUGCAUGAUUAUCACGUUUUCUGCCUUUCUCGUGAUAAUAUUCUGUCUGGAAAUGGCUGCCGGAAUAGCGGGCUACAUUCGUCGCAAGGAUAUCGAAAGUAUGCUCGAUACACACCUGAACACGACCAUGCAUAAUUAUUACAACAAGACUGACGAUAAACGCUCUUGGGAUAUCAUGCAGCACGAGUUAACUUGCUGCGGAAUGCUCGGACCUCAAGAUUGGCAAGCGAUCACGACUAACGACUCUUUACCCCACACUUGCUGCCCGAAUAUAACACAGGAAGGCAUUUGCACGAUCAAUACCGAGGACAAGUAUACCAAAUCGUGCAGAGAUGAACUAAAGGAGGCGCUCAUUAAAUAUGGUUCUGUUAUCGGUGGCGUCGGCGUCGGCAUUGCUUUGAUACAGUUGAUCGGCGUCGUUUUCGCAUGCUGUUUGGCACGUUCAAUUCGCAAGGAGUACGAGACAGUAUAAAGGACAGAUUCUUAUUAAGCGCACUCGGUACCUAAAUGUUUUGCAUUUUAAUCUGUCCACAAUGUUUAUGUAUUUAGUAUUAUAACCCACCUACACUGUGUUAUUUAUAUACCUGAAAUAGUAGUGUAGCGCGCAAUUCAAUAUUUAGUUAUGUAAGUUUACUUCGUUCGUGCGUUGAUGUUUGAAAAUUAACUGUAUUUGUAGUACACAAUUGCCUUUACUCAUGGAUCUGAUUUUUCGUAUUUUAAACUUUAAGGUUAAUGAUUAUAGCACCGCUUGAGUAUAUUGUUUCUAUUAUAUGACUGAUAAUGUUAUGAUAUUAACAGAUUUUUAUACGCCACUUUUCACCUUUAGUUAGUUAUAUGUUAUUAAUAACUGUAUAAGUAUGCGCCAUUUUAGUUGUUGGCAGCUAAUGAUUAAGAAACACACAAUUAGGUUUUCAAUUCGAAUUCGAGCGAUGUGCUCUUGUGGAAUACCUAAUUGACUCUUCAAAAUCAAAGCGCUCUCUCAAACUUGAAAAAUCUCAUUGUUGCUAGAUUGUAGAACGGCAUAUUUUAAACAAAAUUUCGUAUGAGAAUGUGUACAAAUAGUACGUCCUUUGCUUUUUAAAACUGAUCGGCUGUCGCCCUGUAUAUAAAAUAAAACCUAUAGCGUUGCACAUAGUUCAAAUUGCCAAAUUCUGCUAUGAUUGCAUACAAACAAAAGGAGGAACAAUCUUAAGUCAAUAAUAAUUUUUCUACAUAUUUUCAUAUUUGUAUUAACUGUUUACAAAAAUGUUGUCUUAAUACUGAAUCUCAAAUGUUUAUAUAGUGUGUUCAAAUAGCAGCACGUGUAAUUUUUUAUAAUAUAACAAUAGAACGUGGCACUUUUUAUACAUUUACAUAAAAAAAGUAAUUAUUUAGUCAUAAGUUUUGUAGCGUUUACUUUAUGCCAGACUAAUAAUAAUCGUAAUAGCUAAGAAAAUUUAAGACUGCUAUUAGUAAUAGCGGAUAAAGGGCUAUACUCAAAAUGUGGUGUCUUAAACGAAUCGCUUAUUUUUUAUUAGAUACUUUACGUGUAGACCUACAGUAUUGUUUAAACACCAAAGAUAACGAUCAGGGAUCAGUUAUUUAAAUAGUGUCGUUUUUCCUCUUUUUUUAAAUGUGAGGAUAUUACUGUUAAUCAGGCAGCUAUGAACAAUGUUGUGUUUAAGCCUUGAUUGUUUGGAGGCAACUCGUGUAUUUUUAGUAGAUAGUUUUGUAUUUGUAAUGCAACUAAAUUUCUAUUUGUACCCUUUACUGAAAUUGGCAAUUUUCGAAUAUGUCUUUUUUAUUCUUAAGUUACACAUGCUGGUUAAGUUCACCUUGAUGUUACAUACACAAUGAAUAUGAAGUAUAUAAAUGUUAUAAGAUUAUAUCUACUAUACUUAUAUAAUAAAGGUCUAUGUUGUACAACUAAAAUCGUAGAGCUUUAGCAUAUUGUUUACCAGUAACACUGCUGUUUCUUAAUCCUGUACACCUUGUUGCAUCAGAGAAUGAAAUUUUAAAAUUG